CUCAUUGUCUCGUUCGACAAAGCUGCUGCUUGCACCGAUUUUUGACUCAACUCUAGCGCAAGGAUCCACCAGUUCCCUACAAGGCAUCGUCCCUGCGCGUGAGCAACCAUGGCCUCGGUGGUGAUCCCCGUCCACUCGUACACAUGGGUUUUCGUUUUGACAAUGCUCUUCGCUUUUCUUGAUGGCUACUCCAUCGGUGCCAACGACGUCGCCAAUUCCUUCGCCACGUCCGUCGGGUCGCGGUCGCUCACCUUAGCGCAAGCCGUCUUAAUCGCCAUUUUCACGGAGUUUGGAGGAGCCAUUGCUCUUGGCGCGUCGACAACCAAGACCGUGAAGGAUGGAAUCAUCCAAACAAGUCUUUUCAACAGUCGGCCGGACCUGCUCAUGUCGGGUUUCAUGUGCGCGCUCGUCUCGUCGUCCACGUGGGUCAUGUUCGCCACGUACCUCGGAAUGCCCGUAUCCACGACGCACUCCAUCAUCGGCGCGCUAAUCGGAGUCGGCAUCAGCGCGUUCGGCGUGGACGCUGUGAACUGGGCCUGGAACGGCAAGGGCGUUGCGCAAAUCGUGACGUCAUGGGUGCUCGCGCCGGUCCUGGCAGGUAUCCUGGCGGCUUUAAUCUACCUGAUCACCCUCCACGCUAUCAUGAAACGUAAGAACUCUCUCCGAGCGGGUAUUUAUGCGAUUCCCUUCUACUUCACGAUCACCACGUUCAUUGUCAUGUUCUUCGUGGUUUCCAAGAACGGCAAGUCAACUCUCGACUUCAAAGCCUCCAGCACCGGCGGCUCCAUCAAAGUUACCGGGAAUGUCGGCCUGGCGUUCGCCAUUAUCGGCGCGGUGACUGGCGCCGUUCUCCUCUUCUGCGUGGGUCUGCUCGUGCCGUUCUUCAUCCGGCGCCUGGAGAAGGAGGAGAAGCUCAGCUGGUACCACAUCUUCUACAUUCACUGCGUGCCGGAGCAGCCGCAGGACCCCAAGAUCGACCUCUACUUGAAGCGCGCAUUCACGCCUCAGCUUCUGAAGGACGACGAGAAGAAGGAGCUGGGGAUGCCCGUCGACGACCCCGAGGAGGACAAUGAGAAGGAGCUCGAGAAGCCGCCUGCCAAGAAUCCGCUCGUGCGAUUCUUCAACCACAUCAAGCUCCUGCUAUGGCGGUCUAUUUUCAUCGACGUCGCGAGCGUGCAGCACGAGAACAAGGGCGCGGUUCGCGCGCAUGACGUGGCCAUUAUCUAUGACAACAAGACUGAGUACCUCUAUUCGCUGCUCCAAGUCAUGACCGCCGGUUUCGCAAGCUUUUCGCACGGUUCGAACGAUGUCGCGAACGCGCUGGGUCCGCUGGCGGGCGUGUAUCAGAUCUGGAGCAGCGGUUCGUUCGCGACGGAGGCUUCCGUGCCCACGUGGAUGCUCGCGUACGCCGGUAUCGCCAUCGACUUCGGGCUCGCCUUCUAUGGUUACCACAUCAUGCGAACCCUUGGUAACAAUAUCACGUACCACUCUCCCUCUCGUGGGUUUUCGAUGGAGCUCGGCGCGGCUCUCUCCGUCGUCACAGCGUCGUUCCUCGCGCUGCCCGUCUCCACCACGCAGUGCAUCGUCGGCGCCACUGUGGCUGUGGGGCUGUGCAACGGCCACUGGAAGGCGAUUAACUGGGCUAUGGUGGCCUGGUCUGGCUUCGGCUGGGUUCUCACGCUACCGUGGGCUGGUACCUGCGCUGGUUUGCUCUAUGCGAUCCUCACCCGUGGGCCUAGCUUUACCAUGCCGCCCGGCAUGUAGAUUUCGGGUUAGGGGUUUAGGAAGGUGUAAUAAUUAUGUAAGUCUCGGUUCUGAUGGGUGAGGUUUCAGUUUCACUGGUCAGCUAGUUGAUGCUGUAUUGUCCGUCUUUGUAUUUCGGAUUUCUUCGCUAUUGCUGAGGCCUGUUCAUCAGGCAAGAGCCUCG